UGCAUUCGUGGCUCGUUUUUCCGCAGAUGAGAAAGAAAAGCUUCGUAUGUAUCCAUUGGAGCGCGUGGCCAGCACACGUCUCUCACUUCACGUAAAUGUAAAUAAAACGAAGGACUUGAUUUACAGAUUCCUUGACUCAAAAGUAUCAAGUGCACUAGUUUACCAGUUUAAUAAUUUCUAUCGUCUGUAACAUAUUAAAGUUUUUUUUACAAUUUGGUCGGUGAAUGACGAGUGAAAUCAAAAAUUGAAUAAAUUUUACUUCAGUUUACUUGUAAGUGCAACAAAAUAAUGGAGAAACAAUACCGAGAAGUAAUUAAAGUUUCAAGUUUAAUUUUCUUGUUAACUUGAUAUUUAAAACAACAAAGCUUUAAGAGAUAUCGAGCAGUAUGAAGUGUGCUGGUCUCUUGAUAAAAUAUAUCAGGUGUUAUACAGUCUUUUCGAGGCAUCAAGUCUUAAUCCAUCAUAAAACUACUUAUCUGUUCUUUCGAAUCAUGUGCAACGUUUGAAUUAUGCUGAUUAUGUAGAGUAAGCGACUCGUGAAUGAAAUGUGAAUGGUAAAAAGUUUCUGAACUUACUAAUUAUUACCCAUAUUAGUAUAAAUUUGUUUAUUAAAAAUCAUAUUAUUUAAUAUGCAAACAAAAAAAAUGUCAACAAGGCGGUUUGAAAUAGCAUCUUCACAGGAAACUGACAAAAUGUCGCGUAAUGCAGGUGAAAUUCCAUUACAGCGUUAUACAAAUGAUAAGAAAACAGACGACACUGAUGCCGGUUCGCAGAAAAAAAUAAAUACCAAAAUUGAAAAGUUAAUUGUUAAUAAUCCAAAAACACUAUAUUAUUGCUGUUUAUUUAUCAUUAAUUUCAUCGCUGUUAUUUACUUCAUUUUUGCCACUAUUUAUUGGAGGUCAAAGAAAGCUGAAAAAGAAUUUAAUUGGUGCAACGGAUAUGGAUUAUUACUUCUUUUGUACUGUUUUGUUUACGGUAGAUUAGCUUACAAUUACGUUUUGAAAAAAGUAUACCACUCCACACCUGAUCGGUUUCGAUCUUAUUGGUCGAAACUAAAUAGUUUAACAAAGCGGUGCAAUGCCGAGAUCAUGUUACUUUCUUGUAUGAUAAUUGCAAUAAGUGUAUUUUUAAUAAUAGACACAUGGAAUUCCAAGCAAAAAUUAGUUGGUCUUGGUGGAGUUUUUUUUAUAAUACUUUUUGGCUGGGUGUUUUCAAAACAUCGAAAAGAAGUAGUGUGGAGAGCGAUUAUUUGGGGACUGAUUAUUCAAUUUUUAUUUGGGCUGAUCUCGAUACGAUGGUCAAUCGGACGAUCGAUAUUUCAGUGUCUCUCAGAAAAAGUUAAAACAUUUCUGGAUUUUUCAAAGAGUGGUGCCUCCUCUGUAUAUUCAGAACGACUCGUUGAAGAGGGCACUUUUGCAUUUUCCGUUCUCCCCAUUUUAUUUUUCUUCAGUUCUACUGUCAGCAUAUUGUAUCAUUUAGGUGUCAUUCAAUACAUAAUUAAAACCAUUGGAUGGGCUUUAUAUGCAAUUUUAGGUACUACAGUAUGCGAAUCGUUACAUGCAGCAACUACUUUAUUUUUAGGAAUGCCCGAAUCUUUUCUUGUAAUUGAACCAUACUUAAAUGAACUAACAACUUCAGAAAUUCACACAAUUAUGUGCUCAUGCUUUGCUACGACAUCAGGAACGGUAAUGGCUGCUUACAUAUCUUUUGGGGCCGAACCUAUUCAUUUGUUAACGGCAACGCUUAUGUCUGCUCCUGCUGGAUUGACGAUAGCAAAAUUAAUUUAUCCUGAAAAACAAAAAAGUAGCACUACAUUCAAAAACAUCAAAUUUAAAGAAUCAGAAAAUUUUUCCCUCUUGGAUGCUAUUGCUCAUGGAGCUACAUCUGCCAUACCUCUAGUUUUGGGGAUCACUGCAAAUUUAAUAGUUUUUGUAUCGGCUGUAGUUUUUUUAAAUUCAAUUAUUUCGUGGUUUGGAUAUUUGGUCGGGUAUCCUGAAAUAACUUUUGAGCUAAUCGUAUCGAAACUAUUCAUACCUGUGAGUUUUCUUAUGGGAGUCCCAUGGGAUCAGUGUGAAUCCGUAGCUUCGCUGGUUGGCUUAAAGACUAUGGUGAAUGAAUUUGUUGCUUAUCAGAAGCUAGGAAUAUUGAAGCGCGAUGGUUUAUUAACAAAAAGAGCCGAAGCUAUCGCUACAUAUGCAAUUUGUGGAUUUUCUAACCCUGCAUCUAUCGGUAUUAUGAUGGGAAGUUUAUCAUCGAUGGCGCCAAGUAGGAAGACCGACAUUGUAAACACGGUUCUUCGUGCAUUUGUAGGUGGUUGCGCAGUGUGUUUUUUAACUGCCAGUAUCGCUGGAAUUUUAAUAGAUGAAGAAUCAUUUGAGUCACAUGGAUCAUUAUAACAUAAUAAAUUAUUAGUAUGAAUUUCAUAGCAUGCAAACAUUUAAUGUAACAUUUAAACAAUAUCGUUAUUACUAUGUAUUUCCUUAUGAUUGUAUAAUUGUUUCAUAAUUUGACAUAAUUUAAGAAAACUUCUAAGUUUGAUCAAACAAAUUUUUUCCUUUUUGAAAGAGUUCCUUUUCACCUACUAUAGUAGAAUAAAUACAUAUAAAGACGCUCAUAAACUAUUCAAGUAGCAAAGUUUUAGAUCUAUUUUAUUCAUAAAUUAUGUUGAAUUCUUUCGACCAAAUUUUAUAACUAGUCUUCUAUCAAUCUUCAAUCAAUGUAAUAUGCAGGGUCAUCAUACAUUGACGAAUCACUUAAACAUUCAUUUAGAUUUUGCAGAUUGAGAUAAUAAUUUUGUUGUACAAUGAUUUUUGUGGAUUUUCGGUUCAUUAAAGUGAAGUGCCAAUGAUUGUCGAUUUAAUUUAUAUUUCAUGAA